AAUUGUAUCCACCGAUCCAAAGAAAGGAUAGGCGGGAGCUUUGUUGUCCACAAAGCAGCCCGCUAUGCUGUUUUGUGGACAACAACUGCCACUAUUAGGGGGGAGAGAAGCAUCUUAUCAGUAUAUCCAUCAUCUUUGUUUACACAUCAACUCGAGGUCUAGGAUCAGAUUGCCCAAUCCCAAACCCUAGAUUUAACGGCAUGGGGGAUAAAAAAAUAUCUGACUCUGAACCAGAGUUUAGAGGCAACCUCUUCAACACCGAGUGGGCCAUAUUUUCAAUCAUUUCUCUGAAUUUGUAAGAGCAGCAAUAAUAGGGGACGAGAGGGAAACAAUUGAGUUUAUGUUGUGGAUAGGUUUGUAAAAUUGUGAAAAACAUGUUCACCUAUUCUGAGAACCAAGUGGGCUAUUCAAGUGUCUAAAUGCACCUUUCCACACUGUUACAUAGCAAAAUAAACGUCCCUCCAAUGUUGACACACACAUCCACUAGGCUUACCAAAUGCCUCGUUUAAUGCAAUAACAAUAAAAUAUGGACAUUGCAUGACAUACCCCUGAAAGCCCGUGCCUCUUAGCUUUCCGUAGAAUGGCGCGUUUAAAUGAUGUCAUGUGAGUAAACUGCGAUUCGUCCCAUGGAUACGAGGGACGCUGUUUACAGUGAAACGUUGGAUACAUUGUAGCGAUCGUGGCUGAUCGAUCCAUGGUCAAAUCAUGUUGUUGCUACAAUUUUAAUUUGAAAACGGACACAUCUAAUCAAAUGCAUACGUCGUAUGCAUUCGUCUACUUGUUUUGUACACGACUGCAAAGCAGAUAUAUUCUUGCUGGCAGCCCCGUGUAAAUCUAAUAGAUUGAAUGUGGAAUCGUUGUGGCAUGAGUUCAGCUCUGGAAAGAGCACAGGCACAGCUCUCAGAGAGGAGAAUUACCAAAAACACUGCUGACUUGAAGGAUAACCCAGAGCGUUAUGUGGCCAAAGGAACAGUUAAAACCCAUGGAGAUCCAGGAUAUGUGGACACCAUUGCCAAUAGGAGAAACACCUCACAAGCCAGACAAACCCCACUCCAGGACCUGAGCGACCUAUCAUUAUCCUUAGAGGACGACCCACCACCAGAGAGCGUUGGGGCUGGUUGGGGGAGCAGGUUCAUCAAGAAAGCCCCUCCACCUGCUACCAGCCAACCUCCAGUCCAGAGCAGGACCCAGACACAGCCGGUCGAGCCCAAAUAUGUGAGCACAUGCCAGAGGAGCUCACAGAGUGCGGCCCUGAGCCGACUGGCCCUCAUAGAGAACCGCAUCCGAAACCGGCAACAAGCCAGGGAUCGACCAGCACUGUCUAAUAGGAGUACACCACCAGCCCCCCAGGAGAGGGAGACGCCCCUAACCCUAUCUGACCAGUCCAGCAGUGACCUCAGCAUGAAGGGAAAACGCUUCCUGAAGAAGUCAGUGAAUGCAUCACCUACAGCUGCUGUAGUUCCCAAGGAGAAAGGCCCAGAUCUGGAUCUCAUGCCAUUGGGUGGUUUCAAAGCCCCUACUCCUCCAGUGGCCAGUCGAGGUGUGACUCUGGACAGUGAUGAGGAGGAUAUGAGGAAGCUCCUGGGAGGCUCUUUUGAGUUGUCAGAGGAUAGCCUGCACAAAGAAGCAAGAGUGUCCUCACAGACAACUAGAAAGUCCUUCGUCAAAAGAAGCCAAAAGGUUUCACCCUCACCCCCACUGGUCGACUGGCUAUCCUCAGUCAGAGCAUUGUCCAGCUCCCCACCCUUUCCUCAACGACUCGGGUCCCCCAAUCGCUUCUCCAGCCGAGGCCUGGCACAGCAUAGCCCUUCUCUCUCCAUCCGCAGUGCCUCAGCUGUCCUCUGUCCAUCGCCCUCUCCCCCCAACACUCCCGCCCCAGGCAGACAGGACUCCCCCCGGGCCAGACACCUCAGGUGCUCCCGGUCCUCAGUGUCAGCCCUCAGCGAGGUGCGCUCCCUGGAGGAGCUCUUCCCUGAGGCCUUGGGCUCCCUGGUGGAACUCUACCCUGAGGACCUGCCCUCUGACGAUGCCAUCAGUGAGAAAAGUGGGGUCUCUGAUGAAUUCAAGCUUAACAUUAUGUCACUGGACGAUCUGGCACCGGUUAUCACGCUUGGCGUGUCUGAGAACAAAAAAUGAAUAAG